AUCACUGGUGAAAUGUUUUCUCAGAUGUUAAAGAUUAAUCGAUUGGAGACACAGCAUAAAAACAGCAGAGGAGGGAGCAUCAGCACGAGUUCUGGAGAAGCAGUAACAGAAUCAACGAUGAAAUUCAUACUUCUGACGGCAGUGUUGUUCUGUGGCUUAACAUCAGCCCAGGAUGUUGUUGCUGGGGACACAGUCGACACACAGUCGUGUUUUCCUGACAUGUGUAAGUUCCUGAAAGAGUUUGGUGCCAUGACAGAGAAGCAAAGCAGCAUGGAGGCAAGGCUGAAGGAGGCAGAAACCCAGAUCACUGAGCUGAAGAAGAAAGAUGCAACCAAAGUGGCGUUCACUGUAGGGUUAGGUGGAGGACAAGUCGGACCCUUCAGCACAGCCACAACACUGAUUUACAAAACGGUGAAAACAAAUGUGGGCAAUGCCUACAACCCGGUCACAGGUAUCUUUGCUGCUCCCGUCACAGGGAUCUACUACUUCACCUUCUCCUACCAUGCAGGAGGGGAACACCCUGUGAGUCUCAACCUCAUAAAGAACAACGAGGUGGUUGUGGGGGUGCAUGAUCACAGGUCAUCAGGUGAUGGCGCUGAUAAUGGAGGAAACUCAGCUUUCCUGCAGCUGCAGCAAGGAGACCAAGUCUACAUGCAGCUUGUUGCUAACACUCAUCUUUAUGGGCACAUUGCUGUCACCACUUUCAGUGGGGUUCUUCUGUACCAACUCUAAGACACAAUUAGGUUUGUAUUUUUUUCCCUCCACCUGAACCAAUCCUCAUGUAACCCUCUUAUCUCUAUUAAGGUAGCGCGACUCAGGGUUGCGAAUGACCACAGCCACCAAUUCAUGUCAUGUGUCUAUGUAUGUAUGUCUGAUCUCAGAAUUGUGUGUACUGAAACUCUAAUUUCCCUCUGGGAUUAAUAAAGUAUCUUUGAUUGAU